GCGCACGAGCCCUGACCGCGCCACCCCCACGCAAACAGUCGCUGGUCUUGCGUUCAACAGCUCGAGCCCCCGUCCCUCUCCCAGCUUGCUCCCGGCGGCGGCGGUGACGGUGGUCCUCGUCGUCGACCCUGCCUCCUCCCCCGAUGCAUCACCACCCUCACCCUGGGCCUUUCCACGUCUUCAGGGCGGAGCGUGGCGUCCCGGCUGGAUACCACCACCACAUCGGAGAUGGCGCCGCGCAGCUCCCCCCCGAGCUCCACCACCCCCGCAGAUCUAUGCGUGCCCGCUCUGAUGAAUGCGUUUGGUUGGCCUUGUGACUGUGAAGGCCCCAACCCCAGCUCCAAGUCGUCCAGCAACGUCACCGUCGCCAACUUCCCAUCGCUCGCCAGUCCGCAUGGAGUAGUGGGGACGCUGGGCAUGGCGGCGCCGGGGAUGGCACUGGCGGCGGCGGAGGCCGACCGGUUCUGCCUGCCGAGGGCGGCUGCGCAGCAGUUUGAGAACUGGGGCGACUCCGUCUCCGGCAUCGUCGUCUCUAGCCCGCUCACCGAGACCUCCACAGACCUCGGCGAUAGCGGCGAGAAGCACCACGCCCUCAUGGGCUGUGGUGGUGGCGCUGGCACCGGCGCCGGCGGAGGGGCGCAUUCCCAACGACGGGUGGGGUGUGUCGAUUCCUCUGAAAGAACAGGAGAUGAGAAGACCGCACGGAGGCUUGCGCAGAAUCGGGAGGCGGCCCGGAAAAGUCGAAUCAGGAAGAAGGCUUACCUUUCCCAGCUGGAAACCAGCCGAUCCAAGCUGACACACCUUGAGCAAGAGCUUCAGAGGGCAAGGCAGCAGGGAAUCUUCAUCGCCGGUGGUGGCUCCGGUGACUGCUCAAGCGGAGGUGCCUUGGCGUUCGAUUUGGAGUAUGCGCGAUGGCUCGACGACCACCAGCGCCACAUCAACAACCUCAGGGUGGCCGUGAUCGCGGACAUCAGCGACGACGAGCUGCGCAUCCUCGUCGAGUCCGUGCUGCUGCACCACGACGAGUUCUUCAGGCUCAAGAACCUGGCGACCAAGGCCGACGUGUUCCAUGUCCUGUCAGGCAUGUGGAUGAGCCCCGCCGAGCGGUUCUUCAUGUGGCUCGGCGGGUUCCGCUCGUCGGAGAUCCUCAAGGUACUCGCCAGCCACCUUGAGCCGCUGACGGACCAGCAGCUGAUGGGCAUCUGCAACCUGCAGCAGUCGUCGCAGCAGGCGGAGGACGCGCUGUCGCAGGGGAUGGAGGCCCUGCAGCAGGCGCUGGCGGAGACCCUUGCCGCGGCGGCGGGGGGCGGGCCGCUGGCCGGCGCCGACAACGUGACCAACUACAUGGGGCAGAUGGCCAUCGCCAUGGGGAAGCUGAGCACGCUGGAGAACUUCCUCCGGCAGGGCGACCUCCUGAGGCAGCAGACCCUGCAGCAGAUGCACCGGAUCCUGACGACCCGGCAGGCCGCCCGCGCGCUGCUCGUCAUCAGCGACUACUUCUCCCGGCUACGGGCUCUGAGCUCCCUUUGGCUGGCGCGGCCGAGGGACUAGCUAGCGCAGAUGGAGUCGUCGGCGGCGAUCGGCUGGCUGCUGGGCAAUGGGAGAGGGAGACAACCGCUCACGGUGCUGCGAAUUGGCUUCUCAGGAGAUUUUGUGUGCUACCAAUGUAAGUCCUGGGAUUCAACCGAGAGCUAGUAUAUGUAACAGGAGAGGGUUGCAACACGCGACUCUGUCACUCUGGAUGGCUGCUGCCGAGUAGUAUUGGACAACUAGUAGUGCUUUUUUUUUUUGAGGGUGGACAACUUGUAGUGAUGGUAGCCGUGACGAGGUGGAAUGUUAUCUAACUUGAUCCAUCCGGCGGGAAUCUUGAAGGGCAGGACGUCGUUGUAGAAAGAAUACGAUGUAAUAACACUAAUAGUGCCUAAA